GACGAGCGCGCGCACAGACACACGCAUAGACCCACAGACAAGCGGCAAAACGGUGAAGCACCCCUUCCCUGUAACCCUUCGCUGCUCGCGAGCGCGUCGUCACGACAGUAGAACAGCCACAUCGCACACGAUGGACUGGAAAGCAGAGGCGACGAGGGUAAUCCAGGCGUUCGAUGUCGCUCUCGGGCGGCCACCGUUUCCACAAGACCCAACAGAAGAACUGGUAGAGAAGGCAACUGCCGUGCACCGCACUCUGAACCAAGUCAUCAGUGAAGGGAAACUGAAGGUAUUGGAAGGAGUAGCCGAGGUAACCACGACGCUACCGAUCCUCUGCGCCUCGCUGAAGGAAGGCAGUCCCGAUCGCAGACCUUGUCUCGCGCUGUACCGUCCUGUGCUCCUUGCCGUGGGGCUCGCGAGUUCGCUGUCAACGUACCCGAUCUCGCACAUUGUGGUCGACGCAAAAGCCGUCCUCGGUGCUGCCCUCUAUGGGGACGCACCACAAACCGGCGCCAGCAGCACGAAUGCAGACGAUGGAGCGGAUAUCGCCGCCCUCAACGAAGCCGCACUGUUCACGUUUAUGGCCACCGCACGCGGCCUAACACCAGAGGAUAUGCGACGGUUUCUCCGCCUGCCGUUGCUAGGCACCCGUGCCGCUCCAGCAGGCAAACAUAACAGCAGCAAUCCCAAAUCCAAAGGAAACGGGAAAGGGGUCGCGAUGUUGUCGAGCAAGGACGCGCCGAGAGCGGGACCGGCUGCUACAUCCGCAGCUGCAACCGCAACAGGAACGCCGUCUGGCGUCUCACGAGCGGUGCUGGAGGUGAUGAUUGACGCACCGCUUGCGGACGACUGUCGGCACGUGUUCGAGUCUUUUAUCGACAACACACAAAAGUUCCUCGAUGUGGUAGGCUGCGAUGGCGAUCUUGCGAACCGCAUUCUGAAGGUGUACGCCGAGCGUAUUGUGCCGAAGCUGAAGCUGUCCUCGCUGUUGCCGUGCCUGAACGCGGAGUUGCUGGAUUACUACGUGGACGUCGUUGCAUCCUCGCUUAGAGAGGGCCCGAGCACGCUGCUAAUCAGCAAGGAGUUGCGCGAGAUUCCGCUGAAGCUGUGGGAUGCAGACCGCGUGCAUCACCUCGCGUGUGCGGCGGCCGCCCGCUCCAUACGACCGGAGGAGGCGAUGCCGAGCCUGUUCGUGUACACAUUCUUGUAUGCGAUCUACUGCGCUUCAACGGGUGCUAGUGCCGCUGCGUCACCAUCCUCGACCGCGGCAGCAGAAGUCGAGCAACCGAAGCCGCAAGAUCCCAGCACGGAAUACAAAUUUGUCGUCGCGGUCCUUCGCGCCACAAACGCGGUACUGCCGGCCGCAAACUCUGACAAGCACGCGGCAUCACCUCUCCAGACCUACGCGCAGCGCAACACAGGCAUUGUGGUCAUCCACGGUGCCGACGUCCCCGGGUGGUGGACUCCACUUUCACAUUUUGCGCAGCUUCUUCUAUCACGAGAGGCCGCGAUGACGCUCAGCACAAAGGGACUCACAGCAGAAGGCGGUGGUGAAGUUGCAGAGGAGGAAGUGGGGUUGCAGUCGAUGGAGUUGAUGGCUUUGGCAUUGCGUUCCCUGCUUGUGGCCGUAACGAAGGUUGCACCGGUGACGGACCGCGUCGCAUCCCCGUCGACAGCGCCGCCGCCACCACAACAGCACAAAGCCAACGCAGGCAAGUUGAAAGGCGCAAAGGCGAGGAGCGCGACUGGAGCACCUGGCAAGGCAGACGUGAAGGUAGUGCAAGACGCGCCACCUCCAGUCCCGAUCUCUGAGCUGCUUUCCUCCUGCUGUAGCAUCUUGCUGUUCAUGUUUUUGUAUCAGCGAUCCACGAAAGCUUCCAGCGCCGUACGUGUGUCGUCGCGUCUUCACCGCCGUGAAUUUGGGCUACUGGUCGAGGUCCUUCGAUCGUACGCUUUUCUGCUGCAGCAUCAACCGCAGCGCCUCAGUGCGGCUCUGUGGCACAACUGCCUGAAUUUGCUCACCUAUUCCCUGUGGAUGCCAACCGAGUGCAACCCGCUUUCUGGGCAGGAGGAUGUGAACGCACCCCCUUCUGAAGCCGGCAACGCAUUGCCGCUAGAUGGACUGACAGGGGUGCUAGCUUCUGCUACAUCCAGCACCGACUCCAUGCUGUGGUUGGCGCCUCUGGUCUUGUCCUCCAACGUCGCCAAGUCCACGGCGCAGGCACCCGUUGAUGUCGCCCGGUUACUGUCAGCGAACGCCGAGUUGUGGCUCGCUGUGGUGCAAGCUGCGGUGGGAGCGCGGAAGUUGCCGUCGCAGUUGGCGUCCGUGUUAUGUCAGCAGCUGUUCCCCGCCCCGCCCGCCUACGUCCUCGGUGCGCUUUGUAGUGCGCUGGAUGAGACCGUUCUCCAAACCUUGGCCGACCACAUCGUGACAGCCGCACCGAGCCGAAGCGCCGUCCUCGUGGCCGGUCUCCAACAGAUGGAUCACGACACCAAUUUUGGGGAAGUCUUCUCCGCUGUCAAGUCGGCGUUCCUGCGCGAUUGCGUGCCAGCGUGCGUGGCGCAGAACGGGCUGAGGCGACUGUUGAGUGUCGUGGCGAUAUGGCAAGCCGGGCUCCUUGCGAUCGAACAAGCGGCGGAGGCAGAGGCGAAGGAGUCUGCGCGGCGUGGGGUGCAAGAGCAGCUGCGGCAGACGCGUGAACUAGCCGCGGCCCACCGGUCUUUUCAAGCAGAGGCGCAGUCAAAGCACGACGCCAAGGCAGCGAAGCAGCGGGCAGUGCAGGCGGAGGUGGCACGACGGCGCGCACAGCAGGCCGCACGCUUUAUCGAAGAUGCAGCAGUGCGCGCCCGCAAACGGGCGAACGCACAGGAGACGUUGAAGCAGAUGGCAGAGCAGAGCCGCGCCCGUCGUGAAGCGGCACGCCGUGAGCGCUUUGCGGCUUAUCAGCAGCGGCUACAGAGUGAGUAUCGCGUCGCUACAUUUCUCGAGCACUUGAACCUGUCCUCUGCGCGUGUGAUGGAGACGCGCGAUGCGCUGCGUAAGGUGAUCGACAAAAUCACACCGGAUGACUUGCUGGAGUUUCUGGUCUCAGGAGAAGCCAAGGUCCCGUCCGACAUGGUGGAAGAGGUGGAAGGGGGCGACGAGGAGGACGAGGAGGACGAAACAGCGGCGGUGAGGGCGGCAGCCGCGCCGGGGACCGCCCUUGUGACGCCGGCGAGCGUGUCUAGCGAGGUGCCGAGGUGCACCGGUGAACGUCGCGAUUUCUGGGCAGAAAUAAUGGAUCAUGCCGUGCCUGCCGACUCCGUGGUGCUGUCUCGUGUGCUGCCUGUCGCGGCAACCACCGCUGACGCGGCCCCACCGGCGCCGCCCACCGCGUAUCGCCAGUGGUCCUUUCACAAACGUGUGACACCACUGUUGGAUUUGUUCUUUUACGAGGACGGCGAUGAGUACGGCAAGGUGCCGGAGGUGCUGCCCACCCUUCGCCUCCGUGUGGCGAGUGGCGUAUGGCCGUCCGCCAAGACGCAGACCCUCGGCUUUGCAAACCUGCGCGAGGCCUUUGACCGCAUGCGACAGCGAGGACUCGUGCAAAUGCGGGACGGCGUUGUGCAGCUGACGUUGCUGGGCUUCCGAUAUCACUUUCCCUUUCACGACCCGGACGGUAUGCUGGAAGUUCACCUGCGGGAGGCCCGGGAGCGUGUGCGAGCCUUGGUGGCCCAUCGUCACGCCGCAGCAGAGGAAGGAAACGAUGAGGCAAAUGAAAGCGAGGAGGAGGAAUGGAAUGAUGAUGAAGGCUUUGCGGAUGAAGAGGAUGCAGAAGACGGUGACAGCGCGGGUCGUCUGCUUCCCGAGGUGGAGUUUGGUAUCUAG